CGAAUCGGUGUAAACCGUUACUGCCGAUCGACCACAUGACGCCUGGUCGCCCAACAAGGUAGGGUGAGUCAUUGACGGGAUGGAUGCAGCUACCCUGACGUACGACACACUGCGCUUCGGUGAGUUUGAAGAUUUCCCGGAGACCGCGGAGCCCGUGUGGAUUUUGGGGAGAAACUUCAGCGCACUAACAGAAAAGGACGAGAUCCUCUCUGAUGUUUCUUCGCGUCUGUGGUUCACGUACAGGAAAAACUUCCAACCCAUUGGAGGAACGGGCCCCACGUCAGAUACUGGCUGGGGUUGCAUGCUUCGGUGCGGGCAGAUGAUCUUAGCUGAGGCCUUGGUCUGCAGGCAUCUAGGCCGAGACUGGAGGUGGCAUGGGGGCCAGCGUCAGAGAGAGGAGUAUGUCAGCAUCCUCAAUGCUUUUAUCGACAAGAAAGACUGCUAUUACUCUUUACAUCAGAUCGCCCAGAUGGGCGUCGGAGAGGGGAAAUCUAUUGGCCAGUGGUACGGACCCAACACAGUGGCACAAGUUCUCAAGAAGCUCUCUGUCUUCGAUUCUUGGAGCCGAUUGGCUGUUCAUGUAGCCAUGGAUAACACUGUGGUCAUCGAGGAGAUAAAGAGGCUGUGUAUGCCUUGGCUGGACUACGCGGGCGCCGCCUGCUCUGAGCCGGAGCCUGACCCGCAGCGGGGGCUCAACGGCUGCCUGGAGGGGGCGUGCGCCAUGGCUGUGGAGGAGAUGGUGCUGUGGAAACCGCUGGUGCUGCUGAUCCCACUGCGCCUGGGCCUCAGCGACAUCAACGAGGCCUACAUGGAGACACUGAAGCAAUGCUUCAUGCUGCCUCAGUCUCUCGGCGUCAUAGGAGGGAAACCCAACAGCGCUCACUACUUCAUCGGCUUUGUGGGUGAGGAGCUCAUCUACCUGGACCCCCACACCACCCAGGUUGCCGUGGAGCCGUCCCACGAUGGUCAGGUGCCAGACGACACCUACCACUGUCAGCAUCCGCCAUGCCGAAUGAACAUCCGAGAGCUGGACCCCUCCCUCGCAGUGGGGUUCUUCUGCCAGACGGAGGAGGACUUUGAUGACUGGUGCAUGCGCAUCCGAAAGAUGUCCUGCAGCAGAGAGGCCCUCCCCAUGUUUGAGCUGGUCGACAGUCAGCCAUCACAUUAUGCCAGCGCUGACGUGCUCAACCUAACCCCAGAUUUCUCCGACUCAGACCGACUGGAGCGGUUCUUUGACUCCGAGGAUGAGGAAUUUGAGAUCCUGUCUCUGUGAAGCGGAGCGUUUGCCCUGUACUCGAGUACGGAGAGACCUUCUGGGUGGUGCAGUGGGAGGGGGAUGGGGAGGGGGGGGUCUCAGCUUUGUAACCAGCUACAGACUUACGUUCAGCUCCCAAGACGUCAGUUACAGAGGCACUAGAAUCAUGGUUUAUUUCUUUUUUGUUUACAGUUUGCCACUAAAUCCUAGUAAUUUAUUUUGUAUAUAAAAUGAGAAAAACAAAAAAAGUGCAGCUUGGGGUGCUUUCCGUGUACGCAGCAGCAUUACUGUCCCCCAAUAAAGCAUCCUGUUGCAACUCUG